AGAAAAGGGCGAAUAACUUCCGGGUGUGACCGUGGGCUCCAGUGGUCGUGUUUUGCUAAAUUAGCAUGCUAUCAUGAAUUAACGCCGAACUGUCAACACUGGAUCUGGUAAACAUCUUUGUAAGUAAAACACGCAACGACGCAAUGGUCGACACUUAAACGGACAGCAGUAAUACAUUUCGAUUGUUGAGGCUAGGUAGGCAGGCAGGAGGCAGACAUGUAUGCCUCUGGUAAAUACAGCUCCCGGGGACCUGCUCUAAUCCCACGGAUGAAAACCAAGCACCGUAUAUACUACAUCACACUCUUUUCUGUGGUGUUGUUUGGCCUCAUCGCCACUGGGAUGUUUCAGUUCUGGCCUCACUCCAUUGAGUCCACCGCUGAUUGGACCGUAGACAAGCGCAGUGUUCAUGAUGCUCCCCUGAUGCGCCUCCAAGUCUCGAGUCCCAUCCCUGAAAGGGGAGACCUUAGCUGUCGCAUGCACACCUGUUUUGAUGUGUAUCGGUGUGGCUACAACCCUAAGAACCGAAUCAAGGUUUACAUCUACCCCCUGCAGAGAUUUGUUGAUGAACUUGGGGUUCCCAUCAGCAGCACUGGACUUUCGCGUGAAUAUAAUGACCUUCUCAGCGCCAUUUCGGACAGCGACUUUUACACUGAUGAUGUCAACAGGGCUUGUCUUUUUGUCCCAUCAACUGAUGUUCUGAAUCAGAACUCCCUGCGAAUCAGAGAGACUGCCCAGGCUCUGGCAAUGCUACCUAGGUGGAACAAGGGGAUGAAUCAUCUACUUUUUAACAUGCUGCCAGGAGGCCCACCAGACUACAACACUGCUUUGGAUGUGCCCAGAGACAGAGCGCUCCUGGCUGGAGGCGGCUUCUCCACAUGGACGUACAGACAAGGUUACGAUGUCAGCAUCCCAGUUUACAGCCCCCUCUCUGCUGAUGUUGAGCUGCCCGAGAGACAGCCUGGACCUCGCCGCUACUUCAUCCUGUCAUCUCAAACAGCCAUUCACCGUGAGUACAGGGCUGAACUUGAACGCCUGAAGGAAGAAAAUGGCGAAGCUCUGCUUCUUUUGGACAAGUGUAGCAAUCUCUCCCACGGAGCUGCCUCUGCUCGAAAGCGCUGUUACAAGGGGCAAGUGUAUGACUACCCGCAGAUCCUGCAGGAAUCCUCCUUUUGUGUGGUGCUGAGAGGUGCACGUUUGGGUCAGGCUGCUCUUAGUGAUGUGCUCCAAGCCGGUUGUGUCCCCGUCAUCCUUGCUGACUCCUACAUUCUUCCUUUUUCUGAAGUUCUUGACUGGAAAAGGGCAUCGGUGGUUAUCCCAGAAGAGAAGCUCUCGGAGAUGUAUACCAUCUUGAAGAGUAUUCCGCACAGACAAGUGGAGGAGAUGCAGAGACAGGCACGCUGGUUCUGGGAAGCCUAUUUCAGCUCCAUGAAGGCCAUCGGCCUGACGACGCUGCAGAUCAUUAAUGACCGCAUCUACCCAUAUGCUGCACAAACAUACGAGCAGUGGAACAAUCCAACUGUUGUGAAGUGGUCCAGUGUGAACAGUCCCCUCUUCUUGCCACUUAUUCCACCAAGAGCGCCCGGGUUCACAGCAGUGGUGCUGACCUACGAUCGAGUCGACAGUCUUUUCCGAGUCAUCACAGAAAUUUCCAAAGUUCCUAGCUUGGCUAAGUUGCUGGUGGUGUGGAAUAACCAGAACAAGAGUCCUCCUGAGGAAUCUCUUUGGCCUAAAGUUGGUGUGCCUCUCAAAGUUGUGCGCACCAAAGAGAACAAGCUGAGUAACCGCUUUUUCCCCUACGACGAGAUCGAGACUGAAGCUGUGUUGGCCAUUGAUGAUGACAUCAUCAUGUUGACAUCUGAUGAACUGCAGUUUGGCUAUGAGGUAUGGAGGGAGUUCCCUGACAGGCUUGUGGGUUACCCAGGGCGACUGCACCUGUGGGACCAUGAAAUGGGAAAGUGGAAGUACGAAUCGGAGUGGACCAACGAAGUCUCCAUGGUUCUAACGGGCGCUGCUUUUUACCAUAAGUACUUCAACUACUUGUACACAUACAAGAUGCCUGGAGAUAUCAAGAACUGGGUCGAUGCACACAUGAACUGUGAAGAUAUCGCCAUGAACUUUCUCGUGGCCAACAUUACUGGCAAAGCCCCCAUAAAGGUGACCCCCAGAAAGAAGUUCAAGUGUCCUGAGUGCACCGCCAUCGAUGGGCUGUCCCUGGAUCAGACGCACAUGGUGGAGAGAUCGGAGUGCAUCAACAAAUUUGCGUCGGUUUUUGGCACCAUGCCUCUGAAAGUGGUGGAGCACCGGGCCGACCCGGUUCUCUACAAAGACGACUUCCCAGAGAAACUCAAGAGCUUCCCCAACAUCGGCAGCCUCUGACCAGCGUGUCGUUCAUAUUUGGAGCUCAUCACAGCUUUAGAAGAGACACACUUGACUUUUCUGACAUCAUGUCUUCAUUUGUACGUUGGUUUUAUGUUCCCGUCAGUGAUUUUGCAUUUAAUUUAAAUUCUUUUUUUUUUUUUACACCUAAUGUUAAUCAUGACUGAUCUGGGGUCCUCACUGAUAUUAUUAUGGGAUCAAUGCAUGUGUACAUAUAUGCAUGUAAAGAAUGAUUAGUAGUGCUAAUUUAUUAUUCCAUAGUUAAUGUCUUCAAACAAUUUGGUGGACUGUACUGGGCAAAUGAAGUGGAAAAAGUCAUUCUUGCCAAAUCGACUGUAUAGUUGAUGCUUCUAUGUUAGCUUCAUACAAACAAGACAAGAUGUUCCCUGACUUAAAAAGGUGCUCUCAAAAAUCUAAUAUUUAGAUUUUCUGUUGGUCACAGAGUUGUUGUCGAGCUACUGGAUUGUUUUCUGUGUAUGUGAUGGAAAAUUGCUUGUGUAUUUGACACAUUUUACAGAUCAAUAUACAGUGAUUCCUCAUUUGUCGCGGGGUUUACGUUCCAAAAAUGACCUACAAUAGGCACAAAUCCACGAUGUAGAGGUUCACUGUUUAUGGAAGGGGCAUUACGCUUCUGUUAAGGCUUUCAAGAUGAGGCUUCUCCAAAGUUUUUGUGAUGAGCUGAUCACCUGAAUUGGGUGCAUUCUUGAGGACUUGGGCCCCCCUGCCUUAGAACAUAAGCUGCGUUUGGAAAUUAAUGUGCGGGCAGGACACUAAGUAGUGCAUGUGCGUCAGAUUGAAUUUCUGAGUGAACCCUUAAUGUUCAUGUUUUCUUGGUUUUUGUAAAACAAAUUUGCCUUCCCAAAACCUUUUUUUUGUUUUUUUUGACUGAUCCGACUUAGUCGGAAGAAUAAUAGCAAGACACCCUGCAAGAUAGCAUGGUAAAACGGCAAUAG